AUGUUCAAACGUCUUGCACUUGGCCUGUUGGCCGUUCAGUCCGUGGCUGCUACACGCUUUGCUAUGUACAUCGACGAAUGGCAUGCAACCGAUCUCCCAAGCCAGGACAAGACCGAGGGCAUUGACUAUGCGAUCAUGAGCUUCGCUGCCUCGAAGCUAUUCAAUUCCGACUCGCCCGAGGCGUACAAGCCAUUCGAGUCCCCCGAGACCAUGCGCAAGCGCUUCAGCCCCGAUACCAAGCUAAUGGUCGCCAUUGGUGGCUGGGGUGAUACCGCUGGCUUCUCUGAGGGAGCAAAGGACGAGGCUUCGCGCACCCGAUAUGCUAAGAACGUCGCUUCGAUGCUUGACGCACAUGGAUUCGAUGGUGUCGAUAUCGACUGGGAGUAUCCUGGCGGUAACGGCCAAGACUACAAAGACACGCCGAACUCCAAGAAGGUGGGCGAGAUUGAAACCUACCCUCUCUUCCUGGAAGCUAUCCGCGAAGCAAUCGGCGACAAGGUCCUUUCUAUCGCAGUCCCUGGCCGUAAGCAGGACUUCAUUGCCUUCACCAAGGAGCAGGGUCCCAAGAUCUUCAAGUCUGUCGAUAUGGUCAACGUGAUGACUUACGAUCUGGUUAACCGCCGUGAUAACGUUACCGACCACGCUAGCGGUGUUCAAAACUCUCUGGACACUAUCAACGAGUACCUCGCUAUUGGGGCUGAUCCCGCAAAGCUAAAUCUCGGCUUCGCGUACUACGCUAAGUGGUUCACCACCGACCCCGACUCCGACUGUGAUGAGAACCCUCUCGGCUGCCAUCUCGUCAAGCUCGAGAACGACGAUGGAACCGACAAUGGCAAGUCCGGUGCUUUGACUUUCGAGGCUAGCAACGCUGCUGCUGCGCCUAAGGAUCUGAAAGACAGCACCAAUGGAUUGUGUGGAUUCGGAGCUAAGGCCAAGUGCCCAUCAGGACAGUGCUGCAGUUCUUCCGGCUACUGUGGUACUACUGAUGAAUUCUGCCAGGCUGGUUGUCUCUCGGACUACGGUACUUGCAAGGGUAUCUCUAUCACCGACUCAUGGCGCAAGGCCCAGAAGGAUGGCAAGGCCGACGCGGAGGGAGGUGGUCAGUACUACUUCGAUAGUGAGAACAACCUCUUCUGGACCUGGGAUACCCCCGAGUUUAUUGCCCGCAAGUUCGAGGAAAUCGUCGCGGAGAAGAAGCUUGGUGGUGUCAUGGCUUGGAGCUUGGGAGAGGAUACCUACAAGUUCGAGCACGUGCAGGCUAUGCAGAAGGGUCUUGAGUCGCAAGGCUGA